GCGCUGGGCGCCAGCGCUAUAGGCACAAUGUCGUACAUACCGAGGCCAAGCACACCAGAACCGCCUGGCUCACCUCGCAAAAGGGUCAGCAUGGGUCUGCCGCAGCCGGCGCCUGCAGGCGGGACUGCGGCCAUUGAGUCGAAAGAGAUGGCACUCUUUCGAGAGGCAAUGAAGGCCAACAAUCCGAGAAUCCACGAUACCAUUGAUCCUGCCACACCGGUCACGUCAGUCCGCACACGUACACACACGUCCAAUUCAGUAUCAUCGUCGGUCAAUGGCGCUCAGAACGGCACACCACUUCAGCGCGCGGGCAUGGACAGAUCCAUACCGCCCCGACCGGGGUCAUCGUUGCUACGGCCAAAUUCUAGACUGUCUCAGGCGUCAUCGAGCAGCGUGCGAGCUCAUCGUGAUGACACAGAAGCCAGCUCAAAGACAGCGCUGCCGCGACCAAAGACACCAACAUCUGCAAUGCGCAAGAGCGUAGGGCACGCGGUUUCAACGCCCACGAAGACACCUUUCCGAGGCUCGACAUCCGUGCAACCAACUGAUUCCGCGAAUGUGCCUGCUUUGUCGAUAGGCGACAGCGUUCGCGCGCUGGGAUAUGAGGGCAUCCUCCGGUAUAUUGGCACUGUCGACUUCAAACCUGGACAAUGGGCGGGACUGGAGCUUGCACCAGGUUUUACAGGCAAGGGCAAAAAUGAUGGCAGCGUACAAGGAACGCGCUACUUUGAAUGCUCACCACUAUGCGGCAUCUUUGUUCCUGCAGCAAAGGUCGUCGCUGCUAUGGCGCCGCCGCCCGUCCCCGUAUCGCCCAUCCGUAAGACUGUCAAAGCUAAGCCACGUAUGUCGGUUGCGCCCCAGCGGACGUACAGUCAAGCCAGGCAGGCAGAGGCAAAAAUCACACAGGGCUCCAGAGCAAGUCAGCUGGUAGGCAUAUCCUCUGCUCAGCUGGCCAAACGGCGCGAUGGCUCGACAUCACCCACACCUGAUGGACCAACGAGCAAGUCAGGCAAAAGCCUAUCACGCUCAACUGCAGCCGCGCCUACUCCGCCCGCCUCGACGCGCAGAUCGAUUGGGCUCGGUGUACCUUCAACUUCUGGAACUGCUCAGGGGCGAGUACUAUCGGCGAGCGUGACGAAUCGAAUUGUCAGCACGCCUGUACGCGCAAGACAGCUAUCUGCAAAGCCGACACACACGCCGGAAGUGCCACCGCUUCCCACUGCGCUGGAUGCGAGUCUGUCCCGGUCUGUAUCUAGCGUUGCACCUUCUGUCAGCAGGACCUCUAGCGCACUAGUCGGUCGGCGGCAAAGCACCGAUGUCCGUAAUGCUGUCGAUAGUCGCCGACUUUCGUCUGCAGAUCCGCAUGCACAGAAUCUAGAGCAAUCUCCCGUCCGAUCAAUGUCUCGACAGGCCUCCUUCAGCUCCAUUGGCAACGCUCCGCGCUCGCCCAGCGUCAAUCGACGCGCAUCCUUUCAGCUGCACGCACGAGGAAUUUCGGGCGACAGUGGGGGCUUUGAGACUGCUGGCAUCCGCGAAGAGAGCAGCACGGCCGAAAUCAAGCUCCAACUUGCUGCAAUGGGCAAGAUGCUGUCCGAGCAAGAAGCAAAGACAGAUCUGGCGAACAAAGAUCUUAUGUCGGCUUUAGCAGACAAGCAGCGCCUCGAGAAAUCGCUGGACAAUGCAGGGUCGACAAAAACUGCGCUUGAGGCUCGCAUCAACCUACUAGAAGCAAGCAUACAGGAUCUGACGUUGCACAAAGAUCGCGCUCAGCAAGCGAGCGAAGGACAUGCAGCAGAAGUCGAGAAGCUGCGUCAAAUGAGUAGCAUCCAUGCCUCGACACUCUCGGAAAUCGAAAGCCGACACGAUCGCGAUCUGCAAAGUAUGGGCUCGACGCGACGAGACCUCGAGCAAGAAGUCGAACGGCUGAAAGUUGCCGGCGCAGAGCUCUGUGGACAAUAUGAAGCGAGAAUAGCUGAUAUCAGAGCUAAGCAGCAAAGCACGGAAUCAGAGCUACUGGAUGCACAGCGCGAGCUGGACAGUUUUCGUAACGAGCAGGAGAAGGCUGUCACAAGCGCCGAUCCCGGAUCGAGCGUCUUUGCAAUUGACAAUGAGACGCUCAAAGCUGAUAAUGCUCACCUAAGGCGCAAGAUCAAUCACAUGGAGGAGCAGCUUGAGCAAGCCAAGGAAGCCCUCGAGCAAGAGCUCGAUGCCGUUCGGGGCCAAGCGGAUGAUCACGAGGGCAAGAAGCUGCAAAUGCAGACAGAACUGACAACACUCACAGUUGCGCACGAGCAAUUGCGCGUCUCAUCGGCAGAUACCGCUAGGAGGCUGCAAGCCGCAGAGCAUGCGGCAAGGGACAGCCAGACAAGAUUGGAAGCCGAGCGCGACGAGCUCGAGACCCUCCGACACAGCUCGACAACCAUCGCCACAGUCAAUGACGAAUUAAAGCGAAUCAGUCAGAUGCUCCUCGCAGCGCAGGUAGAGCGAGAUUCGGCGCUCGAGAAAGCAGCAGAGGCGCAGGCACGACAAGAUGAACUCAUUGAGGAGCUAGCUUUAAUGGAGGACAUCAAGCAAGAUAGUCGUGAUCUCGCCGAGCUUGAGGCGACACUGGCAGCACGCGAUGCGAAACUAGCCUCGCUGCGGACGCAAGGCUCCACGUUCAAGGUCAACGGGAACGGGCAUACCAAUAGCAGAGACGAUGCGAAUGUGCUGCUCGCGCAACUCAGGGUCGAAAACGAGGAGACUUUAGCCCAGAACAAAAAUCUUGUUGCCGAGAUGGAGAGCAUGCGCGAUGUUCAACAAGCGCUGGAGGCAACAGUCGAGAACUUAAUGGCUGAGAUGGACAGGAGCGGACCAGGAAACGCGUCCGGGUCGAAUGAGCUGCAAGAGGAAGUGCGGCGACUCAACCAAGAGAUAAUCGAUCUCGAAUCGCUCGUCGAGGCCAAGAUCUUCAAAGAGGAGGAGAUGGAUCAACAGCUCGGUCAGAUGGAACGCUAUGUCAACCUUGUCAACAAAGCGAGGCUGAAUGGCUUCAUCGACGAGGACGACCCCGGCCAGCCUGUUCUGGCUAGCGAUGAUCUGUUCUGUGACGACUGUGGAAUUCACGGGCAUUCUACCGCUGAGUGUCCUGCAGCCGAUGAAAUGGUACGGAGUCUAGCAAUGUUGAUUGUCACAACAACAAGAAUGUACAUCUACGUGUCGUCGAGGCCUGCAUGCGAUGUCUUCCAAGAGCCUGCGCUCUGAUGAGAUACGUAGGCCACUGGAUCCCAGGGAUCUCUAGAAUUGCUAUGAUAGGCCCUCAUUCCGUUGUUGAACGACGUCACAGGCAGCUGCAAGCACUGAUCAGCCAUGCGCGAAAGGUAGCAAUGAGCAACCAACCACCAAUACGUCGCCAAAGCGUCUGCCAAAGC